AUGACGCCAGACCUUUCUCUCGUGGAAGCGCAGCCAGCGCAUGCAAUUACCCCCUCUGUCAUCGACCUCCUAACUCAACUAUCCACUCCUCAGCCACCCAAAAACAACUCCACAGCGACCUCCAUUAUUCCAUCCAUCCUCAACCAACUAUCCAGCUUCUCCUCUGUCAACAAGAUAAUACCCAACAAUAGCUGUCCCUUCAUAUCACGUCUUUCCACCGACGUCCGCACACAAAUAUACUCCUACCUCCUCCUCAACCCCAUACUUUCCAAAGCAGAAUGCAUCAGUCCCGAAACCGAUUUCGGCAUGAACCAAAAAUACGAACUCGAACCUUCAAUUCUCAGAACAUGCAAAGAAGUCUACGGAGAAGCAUCUACCGUUCUCUACGGCCUCAAUACAUUUUAUCUCGUCGCCAUGAAAAGCACCCGCAUGUUCCGUUUCACGCUUGCAGAUUUUAUUAGCGGAAGCGCGCUUACGAGAUAUUGGAGAGAAAAUGCUGAUAUCUUCAAGGUUGCGCCCGAGUCUACUUUAUAUCUGUGUAAAGUACGUCAAUGGCGAGUCGAAGUAAGCUGGUACGGAUCUCCUGGCCAAAGCGCUAUAUCUCUUCCUGUAGUAUCCAUGAAAACACACGAGGAAUACAAGUUCACGAGAUCGUUGCCAAUAGAUCCGAGAACGGGUUUGCCGCCUGUUUCUGGACGAAGGAGAACUCGGAAUCAAUAUUUGCUGAGACUUGGAACGCAAGAGGCGACGAGCUCGACGAUGGAAAAUACUCUUUCGUUCUUGAGACCGCUGCUCGAAUAUAGUUUGGUGCCUUUUUGCCAUUUGGUUGCACUUUGUGAGGUACCGCCGCAUACUCUGGAGAUUAUUAUUAGAGCAAAGAAGGAGGGGGAAGCUCCCAUACGAUCCGAAUAUCUGGGUGUAGUACCUACGGAAGCUGAGAAAUUGAGACUAGUAAGACCAUUGGAGAUGUUACGAGGAGUGGGUAGCUUGGUGUUUACAUAUGGCGAGAAGAGUAGUGGGAAUGACGUACCGUCUGGCGAAAAUUCCACCGAAGACACUACACCAGCCAACGAAGACGCCAAUCCAAAUACAAGUCAAAACAAUACGCCACCCGAGAUCUCAACCUACCAACUCAUCCAACACUCAGGAAUUAUCCACCUGGCCACCUCCAAAGCACAAACCCUCGCAGUCGAAUCCCCCGCCAACAUAUACAACAACCUUCUUUCCUACGCCCAAGCCUUCGAACGCUACGAACUCUUCAAGCAACACAUGGCAACCAAUUGGCUCUUUCAAAAUGCCCACAGGGAAACCUCCAAUCCCUACAAAACCAAAACUCCAAACCCCAUCCAAGUCUCAAAUCCAUUUGGUCCUCAAGACACCUACAGAUCUCACCCCGUAAACCGCCAUCUUUCCAUCGCCGCAGCCGCAGUGAGAAGACACGAUAUCGUUGCCCUAAGAAAUAACCGCAAAGCCGUGAUUGAGUACCUCGAACCACAAUAUACACGUAUCCUCGCUCACGUCAAGAAAUUUCGAGAAUACACCGAGAAACAAAAUAAAAAGUUCGGGAUCUGGAAGGGAGUUUCGAUACUCGAGGAGAAAAUGCUCGAACGAGCGAGAGGCGACAGUGCGCUCAAUCGGUCAUCAAAGUCCCACCCCGAAAAAAGAACCAAGAGUAUCGAUUUCUCAGAAGCACUAGUGGUACUCGAAGAAUACGCCGAGUCUUUCACCCGCGAUAUUCCGCUCGAAACACGUCGUCAAAUUGCGCUCAUUCGUUAUGAAUAUUACGGUCAUUACGAAGUCAUGGAGCGCGAAGUGGCGAUUCGGAAACUGCAGGAAAUGGUAGUUGAGAUGCCGCAACCAUUUGAAGAAGCGGCCGUGGAAUUCAGGAAAUUGUAUGUGCUCGCUGCGAACGAUAUGCAGAGACAGUUUUUGGAGAUUAGGAGGGCGAGAAGACGGUUGAUUGAGGAUGAUAGUGUGAGGGGUAAGAGGGAAUUCCCGGUUGAUUUUUCAAUGGGGUUGGAGGAUGGGGAAAUUGAUUGGUGUGUGUGGGAUGAUGGACUUGUGGUUCCGGAGAGUAUUUUUAAGAAUAAGAGACAUCAGGCUAGUUGGUACUAG